AAGCAGAGCGGCAUCCCAUCCGUCUCUCCAAAAAGCUUAGCUGUUAUUUAUUUAUUUUUUUGCAAGAUCCGCUGCGGAGAGCCCCUCAAAAGAUGCCCCAUAGCCGCCUGCUCCUUCCGCUCCUACUGCUCCUGAUGGACGAGGGAAGUUAUGGGUCCAAACAGCAGCACGAUAAUUUAUUGGUUCUAACUGUGGCCACCAAGGAGACAGAAGGAUUCCGGCGGUUCCAGAGAUCAGCCCAGUUCUUCAACUACAAGAUCAAGGUCCUUGGACUAAACGAAGAAUGGCAUGGCGGAGAUGACAAAAAGACAGCAGGAGGCGGGCAGAAGAUCCGUCUCUUGAAAUCGGCUUUGGAGGGUUAUGCGGACCAAGAGGAUUUGGUCAUUCUCUUCACAGAAAGUUAUGACGUUAUCUUCGCAUCGGGCCCUGCGGAACUGUUAAAGAAGUUCAGGCAGGCUAAGUCCAAAGUCGUCUUUUCAUCAGAGACUCUCAUCUACCCUGACCGAAAACUGGAAGCCAAAUACCCGCAAGUCCGAGAUGGGAAGCGGUUCCUGGGUUCCGGAGGGUUCAUUGGCUACGCUCCGUAUCUCAGCAAGCUCGUGGCAGACUGGCAGGGGCAAGACAGCGACAGUGACCAGCUCUUUUAUACCACCGUCUUCUUGGAUCCAGAAAAGCGGGGAAGCAUCAAUAUCUCUUUAGAUCAUAAGUGUCGGAUCUUCCAAAACCUGAAUGGUGCUUUAGAUGAGGUGGUCCUGAAGUUCGAACAAGGUCGAGUGAGAGCACGAAACCUGGCAUUUGACACCCUCCCCGUCGUGAUUCAUGGCAACGGCCCCACCAAGUUGCAGUUAAAUUACCUGGGAAACUACAUCCCGCAAAUAUGGACCUUUGAGACAGGUUGCACGGUUUGCCGCGAAGGCUUGAGGAGUCUCUCCACCCUCAAAGAGGAUGCGCUGCCGCUGGUUCUGAUCGGCAUCUUCAUCGAGCAGCCGACCCCGUUCCUCACCCCGUUCUUCCAAAGGCUUCAGAAGCUCCACUACCCGAAGAAACGGAUCCAGUUGUUCAUUCACAAUCACGAGGAGCAUCACCUCUCCCAGGUGGAUGAGUUUGUGGAGGACCACGGAGAAGAAUAUCGCUCCGUCAAAGUGGUCGGGCCAGGUGAUCACGUGGAGAAUGCUGACGCUCGGAACAUGGGCAUAGAUAUGUGCAGGCAGGAUCCUGCUUGUGAAUAUUACUUCAGCAUCGAUGCUGAGACGGUGGUCAAGAACCCAGACACGCUGCGGAUCCUGAUAGAACAGAACAAGUUUGUGAUCGCCCCCCUCGUCGGCCGCCUGGGGAAGCUGUGGUCCAAUUUCUGGGGCGCCUUGAGUGCCGAUGGCUACUACGCCCGCUCGGAGGACUACAUCGAUAUCGUCCAGGGACGGAGAGUCGGUCUCUGGAAUGUCCCGUACAUCUCCAGCAUCUACCUGAUCAAAAGCAGUGUCCUCAGAUCGCAGCUCGCUCAGGCCGACCUUUUCCACAUCGGGAAGUUAGAUGCAGACAUGGCUUUCUGCCACAACGUCCGGGAGCAGGGCAUCUUCCUGUUUGUGACGAAUCAGCAGCACUUUGGGCACAUCCUCUCCUUGGAGAAUUACCAGACGACUCACCUCCACAACGAUCUCUGGCAGAUCUUUAGCAACCCAGAGGACUGGAAGGAAAAAUACAUCCAUGAAAACUACACCGCAGCCUUAAAAGGCAAGGGGGUAGAAACGCCCUGCCCAGAUGUGUAUUGGUUUCCUCUGUUCACCGACACCGCUUGCGACGAACUGGUAGAAGAGAUGGAGAACUUUGGCCAGUGGUCCAAGGGAGGUAACACGGACAACAGGAUCCUGGGAGGGUACGAGAACGUGCCAACCAUCGACAUCCAUAUGAAUCAGAUCAACUUUGAGCGCGAAUGGUACAAGUUCCUCCUGGACUACAUCGCGCCCAUCACAGAGAAGCUGUACCCCGGGUACUACACCAAAACCCAGUUCGAGCUGGCCUUUGUGGUUCGGUAUAAACCUGACGAGCAGCCAUCGCUGAUGCCGCACCAUGACGCAUCCACUUUCACCAUCAACAUUGCCCUGAACCGUGUAACGAAGUCAGCAUACUCAAGGCUGGUUCUUGCUUUCUUCACUCUGCAGGGCGGAGGCUGCCACUUCCUGCGGUACAACUGUUCCAUCAGAGCGCCCCGGAAAGGGUGGACCCUCAUGCACCCGGGUCGCCUGACCCAUUACCACGAAGGCCUCCCCACCACCAAAGGGACUCGUUACAUUGCUGUGUCCUUUCUUGAUCCGUAG